UCGAAGUGGUCAUUGUGUCGGUGCAUUUGUCAAUAUUUAAAUUCUGUGCAGACUUUUUGAACCCUUUACGUGUGGAGAAUUUCAAACAUCUCUUUAGGUGGGGUUUGAAGUGUCGUUCAAGUCUUAUUGGUAAAAAGUUCAGACGUUCAAUUGAUCAGGAUAUGUGUGUGUGCUGUUGAUUUGUGAUUUUUGGUGAUUUUAAUGAUACGUUAAAAACGACAAAAUGUCGACGGAUAGCUGUCGAUGGUUCUUCCUCCUGUUUUUUCUAACAAUAUGGACCAAAUAUUCAAAUUCAAAGGAGAUCCGCGUGGUCUGUUACUACACGAACUGGUCAGUUUACAGACCAGGAACAGCAAAAUUCAGUCCACAAAAUAUCAACCCCUACUUAUGCACACAUCUUAUUUAUGCAUUUGGGGGUUUUACCAAAGAGAAUACGCUGAAACCGUUCGAUAAAUAUCAAGACAUCGAAAAAGGUGGUUAUGCAAAAUUCACCGGAUUGAAGACAUACAACAAAAAUUUAAAGACAAUGUUGGCCAUUGGUGGAUGGAAUGAAGGUUCUUCGAGAUUCUCUCCAAUGGUGGCGAAUCCCGACAGACGCAAAGAACUGAUUAAAAACGCCAUUAAGUUUUUGAGACAAAACCAUUUUGAUGGACUUGAUUUAGACUGGGAAUACCCGAGCUUCCGAGAUGGGGGAAAAUCAAGAGAUAAAGACAACUAUGCCCAAUUAGUACAGGAACUUCGGGAAGAGUUUGAACGAGAAUCGGAAAAAACUGGAAGAUCCAGAUUGCUCCUAACAAUGGCAGUUCCUGCAGGAAUUGAGUAUAUUAACAAAGGAUACGACGUACCAAAACUCACCAAGUACCUCGAUUGGAUGAAUAUUUUGAGUUACGAUUACCAUUCCGCCUUUGAACCAGCUGUUAACCAUCAUGCACCACUUUAUCCUCUUGAAGAACCCUCUGAAUACAAUUACGACACUGAACUUAACAUUGACUAUACAAUUCAACAUUACUUGGAAAAAGGAGCCGAUCCUAGCAAACUUGUCUUGGGAAUCCCCACUUAUGGUCGCUCCUAUACUCUAUUUAACCCAGAUGCCAAUGAAAUUGGGGCCCCAGCUGAUGGACCGGGUGAUAUGGGUGAAGCAACGCGAGAAAAUGGAUAUUUGGCUUAUUACGAGGUUUGCGAAUAUAUUAAAACCCAAAAUUGGGAAGUAGUUCAACCAAAUCCUGACGCAAUGGGUCCUUACGCCUUCAAGGACAAUCAAUGGGUGGGCUAUGAUGAUGAUAAAAUUGCUAGAAAAAAGGCUGCUUAUGUAGCAGAAAAAGGUCUUGGUGGUAUAAUGUUUUGGUCAAUUGACAACGACGAUUUUCGGGGAAAUUGCCACGGAAAACCUUAUCCCAUUAUAGAAGCAGCAAAAGAAGCAUUAAUUUCAGCUUAUGGACUGACUGACGACAAUUUGGUUUCACCUCCCACAAAACCAAUUAAGACAAAAACAAGGAACAGGACCACCCAAUCCACUGAUGAAAAUAAUGAAAAAAAGAAAAAUACAAGUUCUAGUGGAUCCAGGAGACGAAACAGAAUUAAAACUAAAUCAGAAGAAUUGAAUUCAAAUAGUCAAAAAUCUCGGAGGAAAGAAAGCAGAAGAACAACAGAAGGACCAGUUUAUAGUAGUUUAGAACUGGUUACACCUAGUUAUACAACGCCUGCUCCACCUUCAACUCCAGAUCUAGGCGGAGGUUUUAAAUGUGAAGAUGAAGGUUUCUAUCCCCACCCUAAAGAUUGCAAAAAAUAUUACUGGUGCCUUAGUGGACCUGGAGAACUUGGCAUCGUUGCCCACUUAUUCACUUGUCCAGCAGGUCUAUACUUCAACAAAGCUGCUGACUCUUGUGACUACACUCGCAACGUUUUGUGUAAUAAAAAAUUAUCAAAAGCAACAACGACCACAAGUACAACAACAACAACACAAGCUAGUACAACAGCACGAGUACUACCAAAAAUUACAGCGGCCACAAGUCGGACUACAGUCUUUCGAACCUCGACUACAACUGAAGCUUAUGAUGAAGAAGAUGAGUACGAAGAUGAAGAUGAUGUUGAAGAAACGAAAAAUUCAGAAGAAGAUCCUAAAGUGAUUAAAGAACUACUUGACCUUAUCAAGAAAGCUGGAGGAAUAGAAGAGCUUGAAAAACAAUUGAAAAUUCACGAAGAUGGUACUGCUUCAGUUUCCAAUUCUGACACAACUACUCCCUCGUCGAUUAGCAAAUCACUUGUGGAAAGAGUUCUUGGCAAAAGUGCCAAAAAGAAUUCUUACAGUUUUCUCACCCGCAACAGUCGAGGGCCCCAAAACGAGGGUUUAAACACCUCUGAAAAUAACGAAAAACAAGAUAAAGGAAGACCAAAAUAUACAACGAUUACAAGACAAAGAUCAACAAAUAUCAGAAACGAAGAAGAGAAUUCCUCUGAAACAACAAAAUCUAAUAAAAAACAACCAGAGUAUGUCAAUAUUAGACGAGCCCGUGUUAGUACUACCACAGAACAACCGGACGAAAAUUCAAAAAGUCAAUUAAGCCGAAAUAAAAUUUUGGGAGAAGAUGACGAAUCAGAGAACAAUGAUGAACAAUCGAGUCAAAAGAAAACAUCCGCACCACAAUAUGUUAAUAUUCGAAGACAAAGACCAUCAACUACAGAAGAAACUUCCACUUCAAAAUAUACUGUUAUAAGAAGAGGCACAACUACUGAAACUGCCGAGUCAGGAACAACUAUUGAAGACGAAAUCACUAAAAGCAAUGUUGUAUCUUCGUCUACUGAAAAAAAUGACUUAAAGUCUAGGUAUAAUAUUCUUAGACGAGGAUCAACCACAGAAGCGACUAUAGGUGACACUGGUUCAACUUCCACAUCCAAAAGAAGAGGCACAACAUUACCAAGUGUUGAGCGUAAAAGAACAAGAGGUACUGUUGUUCCGAGUACCACUCCUUUGACAGAAGCUACAACAACAAGGUAUAAAGGCAUCAAACGAGGUUCUACUACGACAGAAGAAUCGACUCUAAAGUACUCCUCAUUUGCAACAACACAAGCCACCAACCAGGAUACUACAGCAAACACCGAAACUGAAAACCCCAUUACUGUUAACGAUCAAUUACUAACAACACCUGAAAGUUUAACUGUAAAAACUACCACUAGUCUUAGUUCCACAAAAACUGAUUCUAGUUUAACUGAGAGUAUUGGUGAAAGAGUCUACCAAACGCAGACUCCUUUACUUUUAGAACCUCGUCCAUUUUCAAAAAGUACUCGAGGUCCAACUUCAGUAACCGAAACAUCUACACGAAUCACAAAGGUGAGUGACUCAAAUUAUAAUCUGCGAGUAAAGCAGAAACAACCCGAAAUAAUUAGCACCACUACUCUCACGACGGAAAAACCAACACCAUUUAGAACUAGAGCACCUUCUAGAUUUAAGAUUUUAGACCAACCAAAACCAACAAUUAGUACCUCAAAUCGUGCAAGAAAAAGAUUUUCGACAACUACUGAAUUGUAUUCAGACAACUACGAAGAUUUAAGUAGAAGCUUUAGACCGUCUGAAAUUGCAGAUUUAUCGUCGUUGACGGCUGUUGAUUUCGCAGCACUGAAAGAGCUCAACAAAAAUUCCAAUUCUUUAAGAUCAAGAAGACCACGGCCUUCAUCAACAACAACGGAAAAGACAGAAGAAUCAUUGAAAACGAGUUCUAGAACAUUACCUUUAGCUCGGAAAUUAAUAGAUGGUAAAAGCAGACGAGUGAUUUCGAAUAAAAAAGAACAAAUCUUGGAAGAUCAYGUUAAUUCAAGCUCAGAUACAACACAUCGGAUACGAGGAUUUACUAGACCUCCGACUGUUAGUACAACAGAAGGAACAACAAGACACACUUUAAGAAACAGAAAAGUUGUMCGGCGUCUUAGACCUACCACCAGUUCCAAAUUAAUAUCUCAAAAUUCYGACAAMAAYGAAAACGUAGUACCUUUUAAAAGACCACUUCCAGAAUCAGAAAAUCUUAUCGAAAAUGCUUCAUUACGCUCACUGUUCAACAGAGCUGAAACAGUGAAAGACAAUGAUGAACAAAGUGARGAUGUUAGUGUUGAAGAAGGAGAAAAUAUAAAGUUAUCCGAAUCAAAUAUAAGGGAAAACAGUAACGUCAACAAUAACAAUAAUAAUAUUCUUUCUCCUGACGAUGGCCAAAAAAUAAGAAAAAAGGUUUUGAAACGUAUCAAACCUAAAGUAGAUGAUGAGAAAGCAUCAACAGAACCCAACAUUGUCAUUAGAACACGAAAAAUUAUCAGGAAGUUAACACCAACGGAAUCUACUUUAACUUCAACCACUGAGUCAAUACAUACCAUUACACCAGCUCGAAAACGAAAAAUUAUUCGUCGUCUAAGACCAACAUCAACGACUGAAGCAUCUGAAAAAACAUUAUACAUCCGAGGAAGACCCUUUUUAGCUCAUAUCAACAAUGAAAAUGACGAAAUAGAAGACUCAGUAGAUAAGACUAUCACUUCACCAACAAAUUCCAGAGAUGAAGAGCGUACUAUUGAUAGAUCUAAAUACAGUACACUUAAUAGAGGAACAACUGUAUCUAUAAAUGAUAAAAAAAUUGGUGAUGAGACUACAAAGAGUCCAUUGAAAUAUAGGAUUUACCGUCCAACUGUCUUUCAUGAUGGUGAUGAGGAUAAAAACGCUAACAGUAAAGAAGAAGAAGAAGAUUCGUUAAAAAUUGGAAUUUUAGAACCUUUAUUCAGUGAACAAGUAUCAGAAAGUAACCAAUUUAAUGAAUCUACCCUAGAAGGAGAUAACGAAAACAAGGAAAAUCCAAAUCUCUUGAAUACAGAAGCAGAUGAAGAAAAUAGCACAGAAGAUGAUGCAGAAGACACAACUGUAACAACUGUUAAAACUUACAUCAACCCAAUUCUUGACAGACAAAAAAACAGACCUGUGUUUAAAAGACCUAAAAUAACCACGCAAAAUCCUUUAUCGUCUAGUACGUUGAGCACAACUAGAUUCAAGACUUUCUUUAGGUCUACAACAACUGCUCCUAGCACAGAAGAAAAACAAUUAGAAAGAAAAUUUGUACCAAAAAAUUUGAACAAAAGUCGAUACGUAUCCCAUACUGAAACUACAAAUAGUGUCAACUCUACUAGUGAAACAAAUGCGACAACCACCGAAGUUAAUAUAUCUUCUAGUGAUAAAACAGAUAAUAACACCAAUGUAGAAGAAAUUGAACAAACUACAGUCAGUGUUAGCACAGAUGCUACAGAAAGUAAUACUAUUGAACUUACAACUUUAGAAAGUAUUGAAGCUUUAUACGAAGCAAAUGCUACAUUAAAUGGGACAGAAGAAAUAGUUAAUGCCACUACUGAAAAUCAAACAGUUUUUCCAGAAAGCACUACUGAAAAUGUUACAGAUUUAAGUAAUACCAAUAUAACAGAUAAAACUACAGAAAAUACCAACUUAAGCACAGAAGAUGUAAAUUACACCACAAUUCAAACCACUCCAAUCUACCAUCCGAAGAGUACCUUGCGAUCUAUACAAACUCGACCAAAGUACAACGUUCCGAAAAGAUUAACACUACCAGAAAGUACCACAAGAUCCUCCCAUAGAUUUAACCAAAAAAAUAAGGUUCAAAGCACGACAUCCUCGCCGUCACUCUUGAAAAAUAGGUUCAUUCAGAAAUACACUACCACUGACAGAAAUCAUUUCUUUACAAGAGAGCAAGUCGAAAAGUUAGAAAACGAUGAUGAGGAAGAAGACGAGAAAGAUGAAGUAGAACUAUUUUCUACACAAAAAACACUCAGCGGUUUCACUCCCCGAACGUCAACUAUUCGAUCUAAACCUAGAAUUAGUAACAGACCAGAAGGUUACAAUUUUAGAAAAUCGACAGAAGCACCGAAACUAACUGAAGAUUUGAAGGGUAUUGAUACCGAAGCUGUAAAAAGUCGGAACAAAAAUCUUUUUUCAAAGAAACGCAAAAUGAAUACACCUUUUGGGGGCCAUGCACAAAAUCAUUCCGAAACCACAACUCAGAUCAUUUCAGAAUCAGUCACAAAACCCUCAACUGAAACAUUUGAAACUACUGAAUAUCUCACAACUUUACAUCAUGUCUUUGCUGAAACCGAAGUUAUCACUGAAAACGGUUUGGCUGUUUCCGGGACUACAACCCCAAAUUCAAAAGUUGAAAAACUGAUUGAAGUUAACCGAAUUGUAGAGGUGCAUGAAAUGAACAAUACAGAUGACAAAGAUAAUAAAGUAAUUGAUAAGGUUGGUGUUAUUAAUCGAGUUACUGUUGUUAAAGUUGUUGAUGGUAAUCCCAACCCGGAAGAUAAUGAAAUUACCGAAACAACAACCGGAAGAAGUGCAACUUUGUCCAAUGACAAUGAUUUUGAAAUUGCCACCGUGAGAGAAAUCAAAGGUGAUAGACAAGAUCGGAAAUACGAACUGUAUGGAGCAAGUAAAGUGACAGAUUUUACUGAUAAAAAUACAAAAGGAAGUGCGGAAAUCAUUGAUGGAAGAUCAAACAUCAACAUUAUAACCCCCAGGCCUUAUUAUAGUACCGAAGCCUCGACGAUAUCUCUAGAAGGGCUAUUCCAAACAGAUACUCCCCAAAAAUUAAACAAGUUCAAGGUGAAUGAUGAUGAACUCUUGGAAACUGACAACUCGCGUUAUGUUAAUGUGAGAGUUCUUAAGCAAGAAGAGGAUUAUAUCACAAUGAAAGCGGAAGUUGUUGAAGUCACUCCAAAAAUUAGUAAAGAAACGAUAAAAAUAGUGCCGAUCCAAGUCGAAAUGUCCAGAAAAUUAAUCGCUCCUUCUGAUUUUGUAACUAAGGUUGAACAGGGGGUACCCAAAGUAAAUUUACAAAUUCUUAAACCACAAAAUCAGUAAUUUAGUUAAUUAUUAUGAUAGUAUUAUUAUUGAGAUGUUAUGUAUGUAAAUAUGUAUGUUGUUGUAUUUUUUUUCAAGUUAAUUUAAAUUGUGUGUAUUACAGUGUGAAUAAAUUUGUUGUAAAUAAUAAUUGCACCUUUGUAAUAUAAAUGCACUGUGUUCUUUAAUCCUCCUUUCUCUUUGUGCCAUAACAUUGGUUAAUUUCCUUUUAGUGUUGUAUGUCCAGUGAGUCCUUUUCUUAUUGUAAAAUUAUUAAUGGACGUUUUUAAAUAUACUAUAUUAAUUAUU